CAGCUUCGUGUCUAUAUAAGGAAACUUGCGUGCCGUCCAGAUUAGAAAAUUGUUAUUAUCGGCUGCGCUCGGCUCUUGCAAAUUUGCAGCCUGCUGUUGUUCUUGGAAAUCUCUACUUCACCUGGCGAUGGCGGACGGUCAUGAGAGUGACAAAAAUAUUGAGAUAUGGAAGAUCAAGAAGCUGAUUAAAGCACUUGAGGCUGCUAGAGGCAACGGCACCAGCAUGAUAUCCCUCAUAAUGCCUCCACGUGAUCAGAUCUCUAGGGUUACCAAGAUGCUUGGAGAUGAAUUUGGAACUGCUUCAAACAUCAAAAGCAGAGUCAACCGUCAAUCUGUGUUAGGUGCAAUCACAUCUGCUCAGCAGAGGCUCAAACUUUACAGUAAGGUUCCUCCCAAUGGUCUGGUGCUCUACACAGGAACAAUUGUGACCGAAGAUGGGAAGGAAAAGAAAGUCACGAUUGAUUUUGAGCCUUUCAGGCCUAUAAAUGCUUCUCUUUAUCUUUGUGACAACAAGUUUCACACAGAGGCACUGAAUGAACUUUUGGAGUCUGAUGAUAAGUUUGGCUUCAUUGUGAUGGAUGGUAACGGGACUCUUUUUGGGACAUUAAGUGGUAACUCCAGAGAGGUACUUCAUAAGUUCAGUGUCGAUCUUCCUAAGAAGCAUGGGAGAGGAGGACAAUCUGCCCUUCGUUUUGCUCGACUUCGAAUGGAAAAGCGCCACAACUAUGUGAGGAAGACUGCUGAACUUGCCACACAAUUUUUUAUCAAUCCUGCCACCAGCCAGCCUAAUGUAUCUGGAUUAAUACUUGCUGGAUCAGCUGACUUCAAAACUGAGCUGAGUCAAUCGGAUAUGUUUGAUCAGCGGCUUCAGGUUAAGAUUCUGAAUGUGGUUGAUGUCUGUUAUGGAGGAGAGAAUGGUUUCAACCAGGCAAUUGAGCUUUCCUCAGAAAUUCUGUCAAAUGUGAAAUUCAUACAAGAGAAGCGAUUGAUAGGGAAAUACUUUGAGGAGAUUAGUCAAGAUACAGGGAAGUAUGUUUUUGGUGUGGAUGACACACUGAAAGCAUUGGAGGUGGGAGCUGUUGAGAUACUUAUUGUGUGGGAAAAUCUGGACAUAAAUAGGUAUCAGCUGAAGAAUAGCACUACUGGUGAAGUUGUCAUAAAACAUUUGAACAAGGAGCAGGAAGCUAAUGCGAACAACUUCCGUGAUCCAUCCAGUUCCACUGAUUUAGAGGUUAUAGAGAAGAUGUCGCUUUUAGAGUGGUUUGCAAAUGAGUACAGGCGAUUUGGUUGUACUCUGGAGUUCGUUACUAACAAAUCACAAGAGGGUUCUCAGUUUUGCCGUGGGUUUGGCGGUAUUGGAGGCAUACUUCGAUACCAACUGGACAUGAGAUCGUUUGAUGAAUUUUCUGAUGAAGAAGCAUAUGAUGAUUCAGAAUAGCAAUCAAUCAACUCUACCCCAUUGACGGUGCAGGAUAUGAUGGGGGUCAACAGCAAAGCCUGCACCAGAGCUCGAGCUUUCGUAGGUACCGCUUCUGCUUGCAAUUCCCUAAAAUUCCCUGCGGAUCGUAAUCAAGGACCGAAUGAUGAGCGGCGGAAAUGUAGGAAGGCUGAGCUGGUAAGGUUACAUAAAACUUGUUGGAAAUUCCGUAGGAGCGUCCUUGUUAUUUCCUACGACCAGGGCUUGCAUAUAUAGAUUAAAAACUUGGUACUUGUACUUGAUGUCAGUGGUUUAACAUUGCCUUGGUUAAGGGAGUGGUUAUCUGAAGCUUAUUUUCUAGAAAAGUUGGGUUGGCCUCUAUGUGUUGUGGGCUUUUGGUUGAAUAAGUUUGGUUUGGUUUGUCUCAUAUUCUUGUGGUGCUUAGUGGUACUUUUAUCUCGCAGACAUUAAAGCUGCUUGCUUAAUUUCUAGAGUUUUAUGAAUGAAAUCUAUCCGACCGCAUUAAAGUUUGCUUAA